UUCGAAGUUCCCUCCUAAUUAACACCGUUUCAAGGUAACCGUUAAACAUAAAAUAACACAGCGGGACUUUUUUUUCUCAUCGUUAAUGCUUUACUCUGCAGUCAGCUUAUCUGUACAGUCAUCCCGUCAGUAGGCAUUUCCUCAAAGCCAGGGGCCUCCGUGCUCAGAAUAUAUCGGAAAUGUGGGUUACCAUAAAAUGGUUUUUAUGAGUUAUCCGCCAGCGAGUACCACGCGUUGUUUAUAAAUGUUCAACACAGAGAAGAAAAAUUUCCAUUCAACUUCAUUUACAUUGAAAACGAAGAAGAAAUUAUAUUAUGGCAUUCUCAUCGCCACAACAAUCGGCUAGACAUGCAAAAGCUAGGAGAUCAAAGUCCUCAAUACUACAAACUCAGCUUCACAAUGUAAAUCAUUUUGGACCUCAGCUCCCUGUCUUGGUUGCCGAAGCAAUAGCAUACUAUCCUGGUGCAAAAAUAAAUGCGAGUGUUCAACUAAAUCCAGAAUCCGGUUGGGCUUGGUUUGUCUGCCAGAGGAAGCUUUUUGUAUGGCAACUCUUUAAUGAAGAAAAUACUCCUAAUCAAAUAGCAACUUGCCGAGAGCUUUUGCUUCCUCCGUCCGAUUUGGCGGUCAGCAGUCAACAUGUGACAAUAUUUGUUCAACCCGAUAGUAAGACAGCAUCCUGUGUGGCUAUAACUCCAGAUGGGCUAAUCCGAUAUUGGGAAGUUGUUAGCCAACACGCGCCAUGGACUGACGUCAAUGCCAAUUUAGGAGGUGAAGAGGUUUCUGCUGUGCAUCAUAUUCCCCCUCUCGGAACAUUAGCAGUUACAACAUCAGCCACCAUGAUAUUAAUAAAUCCUUCAAAAACCAAAGGUGGAACACCUACAGUAAUUGCGCAUAGAAUAUCACCACGCAGUUGGUUUUGCGGUAUUAGUAAAAAAAUGAAUUCCAUUAUAUUUGGUUCGGUGUCAAAUAUUCAAGCUAGUGAAGAAUUAAAAUUAGUUAAAGUGCUUACAAGAAAUACAACAGACAAUGGCUGGUGUAUUUACUUACUGGCUGAAAUGAAAUUACAAUAUUGGUUGUUUUCCAAGCAAAUGAAUUUCGAUCUGAAGUAUGAACAUGAUUUAGAACCAAUGAUUAAACGAGCAUUAUUUGGGAGGGAAGCAAUGAUGCCCGAAAGCAAUGAAAUAGAAAUAUUGGUUAGUGAUGUUAACUUGGUUGAAGGUGGAAUUAUGGUACUUGCUGUAAUAGUUGAACCAAGGAGUUAUGUUUUAUUGCAUUUUCCUUGUGUUGAUGGGCUUCCUCCAACUGAUGGAUUCAAAUCCUGCGAGCUGUCCAAAAGGGAUAUUGCUGUCUUAGAAGAACCUCAUUCUAAAGUUACUCAACUUCAGUUUCUUCUCUUACCUGCUGAUGCGUUAUUUUUCAACAGAAAAUGCAUUGUUGCUGUACCAAUGGGGAGUGGGCAAAUCGACGGCGAUAAGAUCGAAAUCCCCGGUGGACUAAUGCGUGGCCAUAAUAUUUACAAAAAUAGUCCUAUAUUUUUCUCCGGAACUUAUGGCUUUGUGACAAUUUCAACUUCUGACACAUCAAGUUUUGAUUUACUUGAUAGGUCAACUGUUGAACCGACAACAACACCUAAAACUAUUGCUUCACGUGAACCUUCAGUUUAUGCCAAGCCAGAGUGUGUAGAUACGAUAAGAUCAGCUUUUAUGCUGUACAUACGUAAAAACAUGGUCCAAUAUAGGCAGGUGAUAGAAAGAGAAUUUCCUAAUACCACCAGUGGAUUAAAUAAUCAAUUAGCAAUGACAUUAGUUAAAAUGAGUCUUGAUAUAAUUAAUGGAAUACCACAGAAGGAUCCACGCUGGGAGCCUCCGAGUAUGUCAGCUUCGCGAAUAGCAAGCACCACUUCAUUACACAUGGAAACACAACUGUCCGAAAAACAAAAGGCUCACGAUCUCUUUUUAAAAUUUGUUAUGGAUAUUUCUACAUUUGAAAAUCUAGGAAAGGUGACCAGGAUGGGUGUCAAUGUUGACACUGUACAUUUAUUAAAUGAACACAAUGAAAAAAUAAUAGCGCUUCAUACUUUUAGAAAACUUCAACCAAAAAACUGUAUUAUUUUGUCAGCAAUUUCUCAUUCCAUUGCAUCAAUGAAAUUCAUAACUACACCAAAAUUAAGUUCACAGGAUUUUUUCUAUAGAUAUGUAAGUGUUGCUGAUGAGGGAAUUCGUUCUUUGAUUAAAAAAACAAAAGAAGUAGCUGACAGUAGUAACUCGUAUGAAGAAGUUUUCAAAUAUCUUGAGUCUGCGAUAACCAUUAUUACUGAAGUCGUCUAUUCUAUAAUCGCCGCUCGAGAGAAACACGGAGUCAAGAUCGAUAGAACAUGCCCGUCUUGGCUUUCGGCUAAAGGAAAAACUGGGAUAUUCGACGAUCUCAUGCAGCUGACUUCGUUAACAUUUGACUUCCUAGAAAGCACAGAUGAAGAUGAUAAGGAGUUCAAAAGGGUUGUUGACCUAUUUUUUCAACUUGCAGAUAUUGUCCUUUUCUUACAAGUAGAUUUUCCCCCUUUAAAGUCAUUCGAAAAGUUGAGAGAUUCUCUAAUCAAUUGCCUCCUCAUUUCACCGGGCACGUACAUGAAGGCAAAACAAUUAGCUUAUAAGUACGAAUCCUUUUAUCAGUUAAUAGAUUUGGCCUACUUAAUGCAAGAAGAAAAGACAGCUAUAAAUAAAUACAUAGAGACGUUUGGUGAUAAGGGCUUUUGUGAAGUUUUAUUCAAAUGGCUGAUCGAUCAUAAUAAAUGUGGUGACGUGUUAUCACUUGAAAUUCCAGUCAAAUUCAAAGGCAAAUUAGACACUUUCCUCAAACCUCUUGAAAAGUUAUAUUGGAUCCAUAAGCUUCAAGAAGGUAAUGUUAAAGAAGCUGCUGAAGAAUUAGCGAAAAUAGCAAUCAUCUAUAAAAAAGACGCAUUAGUCCAAGAGAAAAUGCUUUCGCUGUCAAAGUUGCUACAUUUGAUUGCGGAAUAUGAAUCUGAAUAUUCAAGCGAAAUUGAAAAUAAGCUGAAUUUCCUUGAAGUGCAGAAAUCUGUAUCGGAGCACCUUCUUUUAAGGGGUAAAGACACAGUGCCUGUUUGUGAACCAAUAGAGCUCAUAGAGUUUUUAACUGGCGACAAGGAAUACGACUGCCCUGAUGACCUUAGAUUCCACACAGCUUUUGAUGUAUGCAAAUUAAUAAAAGACCCUGAAUUACACUUCAAAUUGAAGACGGCUGUUUGGGUCAGAGCUAUUUUGAAAGAUCCUUGGGACUCAUUAGAAUUGAACGCCCUCGAUGAAUCAUUUAGCCAUAUAUUCUUCUAUAAACUUAUGGAAAUAAUUUGUCUUUCAGAUGAAACUUCUAAAGACCUCGUUCCCCCGUUGCAAGCAAUUUUAGAUCAUGAAGACAUCGAACCGAUAGUUAACAACUCUACUUUUAGAUACAUCAUUCAAUAUGCUUACGACAAUGUUUUUGAAAAAGGGUUAACAAAACUUUACAAUAACGAAUAAUUCAGUUUCUUCUUUAUCCAUUAAUAGAAAUAAAAAAAUUGUAUUUUUGUAACUCAAACCUGGUUAGUUUAAAUAUAUAGUAAGAUUAUUAUUUUUAUUUAAUUUUUUGAAAAAGCGACAUGCAACAAAUGUCUCAAACAAAUUAGUUUAAUUAUAGAGGUAAUUACAUUUGUAUACUUAACUUGAAAAUAAACUUUAUAAUCUGAGCAAAUUGCUCUUGUUUAUAAUUAAAUUUUUGUAAAAAUUCAAUAUUUUUAUGUAGAUAAUUAUUUAUAUUAUAUAAAAGCAUUCCUUAUCAAUUUUUAUUAUUUUUAAUUGCUCUUGUGUCAAAUAUUAAAUGAUGAUAAAGGUUCCACUGGAUUUAGAGAAAUAUCAAUUAAAUGUUAAAUUAAAUAGUCUGUUUAAUAGCAAAUAAGUUAAAAGCGAAAAUAUUAUUUAAUUUUCAAGUGGUGCCUUUUAAUUUCUUUAAUACUCACAAUUCAUUUAUUCCAAGUUUGUAAAAUAAAAAUUAUAUUGAUCAUUGUGUUUUUAAUUCCAUAUUAAGAAAUUUGUUUUCAUUGUUAUUAACUUUGCAUUGUAAUACCUUAAAUAUUUAUUUUUAAACAAAAUUGAAAAAUUGCAUUUAAAAUAAUUUAAAUUAUGAUUUGUAAUGUAAAUAAGUACGCCGUGUUUAAUGUUGAGUAUAUUUUUGUUUUUUAUUAACUUUCAAAAGAAUUCGCAAAUGUACAACUUUUGUUUUAUGUUUGUAUGUUUGCUAACAUUUCAUUGAUACUUUAGUUUCUUGGCUUUUUCUGUUCAAGGAAAAUUUCUCCAUCAACUGACCUAUGAUAGAAGAAAAAAAAUUAAUUUCUCUUAUUAUUUGAAAAUUAUAAUUAAAUGUCAAUGUGUACAGUCUUGUUUCUGGGAGAAAUAUAACUUUUAAACAGUCAAAA